AUGGCAGCUACUGAAAGAGUAAUGAAUGCAAAUGUAUCUUCGAUACAACAGGAACAGGGUGCUAAUAAUGAUCAGGCAGCAAAUCCAAACGUGAAAAUAAUUUCGAAGUUUUCAGAGACUACAAGUUUCCCCUCAUUACGGAUUCGCAUCAAUCUGAACAACUUACGAACCAAAGAGAGUGGCGCAUCGGCUUUAGGAAAUAUAGAUUCUAUACCAUCAACUAACCAGAACAUAAAUCAAGACGAGGGGAACAUAAACCAGGAUAAAGCAGGUGUGGAACAGGAACCAGAAUCUGAUACGGAAACGGAUAUAAAUGAUGAGAAUGCAUUCUCAGAUAGUAUGGAUGUUUCACAGUUAGACGCGAUUGUUGACCAGGGACAUAAAAUCUUGGAAAGUACAAAUAGCAUGAACACUCAGAAUUUGGGACUCGAAAAGAUAUCCAGUGUCUCGAACAAACGGUCUGGGCUAAUGCAAGUGGCAGUUGAGCGAGAUGGAAAGGAAGGAAAACUGAUGGUUACGCUCAAGUUUCCGGAAAUUGCGAAAUUCAUCCAUGGAAGCAAAGGGUGGGGAGUGUCUGCAAGAAAGUUGAGCCAUAUGAAUUACGCUACUUUGGAGCACAAGGCAAGACUAUUGGUUGUAUCUGUAAACAUGUUGUUGGAGACGACGAAACUACCGGAAUCGUCAAGAAAGAUACUGGAGAGAGUGCACAACUGCUUUCUCAAGCAGUUACCAACUAUGACGUUGGAUAAAGUGCGAACGUUCGUUCUUCGACUUCAUGGGUAUCUAAUGAGUCUACGAAAUGUCAUCGAGGGAAAGGAAGAGAUGGAUAUAGAGAAAUCAAUACGUGAGUCGGCCAGUUUAAUGGAGGAGCCUACGGUAGGGAGAGAAAAGCAGGUAGCUGCUAAAGAGGUGGAAAAGCGGAUGAGUGCUAAAGAGGCAGGAAAGCAGAAUGCAUCUACUCAAAAAGCGGCAAAGCCCAAGAAGGCGGUCAAAGAAACGAAGAAAACAGCAAAGAAGAAGAAAGUGACGAAACGGAGAAAGAGAAAGCCAAAGCUGCCGUAUGCGAGAUAUCAUUUUCCUAUCCCGGUGGACGACAUGACAACGUUUGGGGGUCUGAGGAAUGCCUUUAACGAUGAUGAAGAUGAGGAUGACGAUGAUGAGUUGGUGGAGGAGUCAAUGGUGAUGUCAUUGCUAGACCCAAUAUCGGGCAGCCGGCUAGUCACACCUCUUCGGACAAGAUUUUGUUCCCAUGUAGGGUGUUUUGACAUGGCAUCAUUCUUGGCAUUGAACAAACUUCGUCCAUUUAAGGUUGGAAUACGUCGUGAGCGGCCAUUGCCAAGUGGCGAGCCGAAUGUUGCAGCCAUAUUUAGAGAUACGAGGAGGAGGCCAAUAAAUCCGGAUUCGCACAAUCAAAAAACGACAGAGUUUGAUUACAAAUUGAGGUGCAAGAAGAAUAAAGACGCGGGGAAGUACAACAACGACUUGGAAUUCUUCAAGUGCCCGAUAUGCCGCAUUGAGUUUAGCAUUAAGGUGCCGGGAGAUGUAUACGUUGUUGGAGAACUUGUAGAUUUACUGUUUAGUAUGGAUCAGGAUGGCCACGAAAAGGCAGAGAAAGUGGAAAUAUCUCGGGAUGGGAACUGGGUGCCGCUGGAGGAGGAGCCGGAGGAAGUGAAGAUUCAGAAGAGUAAUAGUGUGGUGGAGAUAAAUCUUGAUGAUGAGACCAGUGAUGAGGAGGGGGAGGAUGGGAAAAGAGUGAAAAAGGAGAUGCCAAGUGAGGAGAAUCGGGAAACAAAUGCUGGUGGGCAGAUAAGGAUGAACAAGCCAUUGAGUAAUUGUCAACUGAGUAAUUGUCAACUGAGUAAUGGUCAACUGAGUAAUGGCCAAUUAAACCCAGACCAAUUACACUCAGACCAAUCACACUCAGACCAACUCCCCUCUGAUCAGCAGCCACCCAAUUCUCUGGGGGGAACUGCUAUUAUGUCUUCUGACACAGAGGACUCCUGGGAUGCAGAAUUUCAAGAGUUAGACCGAGUGAUGGGUGAGGACUUUUGGGCUGAGGGAAUUCAUCGUCUUCGUGCAAGUGGAUGGAGAAAGAUGGACGGGACAGAAAGCGACGCAGAAAUGCAAAAUGCAGCAUAUGAAAUGCACGUGGGUGUGAAAAAGCUCUUGAAUGCACUCCAGGGAGAUGAUGGGAGGGCUGUGCAGGAUAAUACAGCACUGCCACAGAGAAGAGUUGGCCCCCCCCCUCCUCCUUCGCAAUAUCAGGGCCAAUUCCGCAACUCGAUCGGCCGUAUUUCAGCAGAUGCCGGACAAAGCCGGUUCCCGGGCUACUCGCAGCCCCCAAUGUACAGUAAUAGGAGAAACACCGGCGAAAAUGGUGCCGUUUUUCUUAGAAAUUUGAGACGCACAGCCACAUAUGGGCCACCGGGUGGCGCAGCUGGCAAUAACGGGAAUACAGAGCCGGUUUUUUUCACCGGAAACGGCGAGGAGGACGAUCCGUUUGUUAUAGACUAA